ACCUCUGUAAAUCUCGCAGACAAUGACACUUUAGAUUAAACCGUUAGUGGAAAUGCUUGUCCCGACAUAGACUUCCCCUGCUCGCCCAAAGGUACGUUAAGACUAUACUUUCAGGGAUCAUUUCUAUAGUUCUUGACUUGAGAAAUGUGUUUCUAAAGUGUUUGAAAUCGCAACCCACGAUGAUGAGAUGCGAUAUUCCCUUCUGAGCGCGAAGCGGGCUUUGAGUAAUGAUUCAGUUCAUCCGCUCUCUGCCAUUGAUGACCGUUCUUUGCUUCCUUGUGGAGCAUUGAGGGAGGGAAUAUGAUCAGAGUGGUUAGCUUUUAAUAUUGUUAAUAUUAACUUCUUUAAUACACCUAUUGUAGUUAAGUUUAUAAAAUAGUUUAACCUCAUUAUACAACAGUUGGUUUCAAUACUGUUUAAUGGUCCUGUUUUCCUUGCUAUGACGUUGUAUAGGAGAUAUGUGAUUUUAAUCCAGUCAGAACUCUACCUUUUCAAUUACAUGUGAUUUCUGAAAAGGUUUUUCUUGUAUUUUCUCUAUUGUAAGGCCAUUGACCUUUUCAGCCAAUGCCAGUCCCAUAAAAACUGCAAUGAGUACCUCCUGGCACCUCCCUCAUUUACAGUUAUAUUGUGGAGCAUCUUGAAAAUGUCUUUUAUGAAGCUUUCUUGGGUAUAAAACACGACAAUAACUGAUUCCUUAUGUGACCUAUUGAUGAAAAGUUGCCCGAUAAGCAUGAUUUCGGCCACGUGGUACUAUAUAGUGUGCUCUUUGUACGGUGGGAAACCGUUAGUGAGAAUAACAGCUCCAACAGAGGCUACCCUCGCUCGCCCUCAAUUUAAUUAAGACUAUACUUUCAGGGAUCAUUUCUAUAGUUCUUGACUUGAGAAAUGUGUUUCUAAAGUGUUUGAAAUCGCAACCCACGAUGAUGAGAUGCGAUAUUCCCUUCUGAGCGCGAAGCGGGCUUUGAGUAAUGAUUCAGUUCAUCCGCUCUCUGCCAUUGAUGACCGUUCUUUGCUUCCUUGUGGAGCAUUGAGGGAGGGAAUAUGAUCAGAGUGGUUAGCUUUUAAUAUUGUUAUAUUAACUUCUUUAAUACAACUAUUGUAGUUAAGUUUUUAAAAUAGUUUAACCUCAUUAUACAACAGUUGGUUUCAAUACUGUUUAAUGGUCCUGUUUUCCUUGCUAUGACGUUGUAUAGGAGAUAUGUGAUUUUAAUCCAGUCAGAACUCUACCUUUUCAAUUACAUGUGAUUUCUAAAAAGGUUUUUCUUGUAUUUUCUCUAUUGUAAGGCCAUUGACCUUUUCAGCCAAUGCCAUCUUCUGGCACCUCCCUCAAUUACAGUUAUACUGUGGAGCAUCUUGAAAAUGUCUUUUAUGAAGCUUUCUUGGGCAUAAAACACGACAAUAACUGAUUCCUUAUGUGACCUAUUGAUGAAAAGUUGCCCGAUAAGCAUGAUUUCGGCCACGUGGUACUAUAUAGUGUGCUCUUUGUACGGUGGGAAACCGUUAGUGAGAAUAACAGCUCCAACAGAGGCUACCCUCGCUCGCCCUCAAUUUAAUUAAGACUAUACUUUCAGGGAUCAUUUCUAUAGUUCUUGACUUGAGAAAUGUGUUUCUAAAGUGUUUGAUCUCGCAACCCACGAGGAUGAGAUGCGAUAUUCCCUUCUGAGCGCGAAGCGGGCUUUGAGUAAUGAUUCAGUUCAUCCGCUUUCUGCCAUUGAUGACCGUUCUUUGCUUCCUUGUGGAGCAUUGAGGGAGGGAAUAUGAUCAGAGUGGUUAGCUCUUAAUAUUGUUAAUAUUAAUUUCUUUGGUACAUGUAUUGUAGUUCAGGUUACUAAAUGGUUUCUCACCGUAACACAGAGUGGUUAGAUUUAGUUUCUGUAAAUCAAACAAGAAUACUGAUCAUGAUCAUAACUGGUAUGUAUAGACCUGACCUGGUAUGUAUAGACUAUAUGUAAUAUAUUACUGGUAUAGUAACGUUUAUGUGCCCGCUGUUAUCAUGGUAUUUACUUUAUCAUUAGGCUUAUAUAAGAGUGAAAACAUGCAAUGUAUUCUUUCACCAGGUCAUUAAUUAGAGGUGCAGUUCUUAAAUCUUCUAGAGUAUUUUUCCCCUAUUGCCCAAUCGAUGUUAUUUGUAGUGACAGUAGAAACCAUAGGAAUGCUGUGGCACAAACUGUAAAACAAAUGGUGACGUCAUUGAAGUAUGCGCAUUGACCUCUCAACUCCUGAUACGGAGAAUGUAAAAAAAAAACAUUACGAUUAUGUUACAUUUGUCACAACAGUAUUGAGAACAAUUUCAUUCCUUUUAAAUAUAUCUUAGUAUAGUCAGUUAUUUUCCCCCAAAAAUACUUGUACAUUUACCUUCCUGGUUUCUUUGUGUACAGUGAGGUAGUACGCAAACUACUUAAUCAUGCUCGUACACAACGAGGGUUGUUGUCUUCCUAUUAUCCGUUUAUGUGCUCGGUAGCUACUAAGCUUACCAAUAAUGACAGUGCCAAUUUUGGAUAAAUGCUUCAAGCGGAGAAAUUAAAUAGUUAUUUUUUACGACCAUCUAAGAUAUGUCAUACCGAAAGUUAUCGCUGUGCAAGUAGCUAGAAGGUAUAGGCUAGCGAAUAUUGGCUACAUCUCGACGGGGGUUUUCUCCUUCCCUUGUCUGUCUCGUCUGUUCUUGUUGAGGCUGGAUAGUGAUUUGUUAAUUCAUUAGCUAGCUAGUCAUUAAAUUCAAGCUCGUGCCCAGCCAGAAUAGGAUGAACUGGCUUUUCCCCUCAUCCAAGGGUUCCGGACCUCUCCCACCUCUUAAUAGCUUGCAGCAACAAAGACAACGGCAGAUCGAGUCUCUCAAAGCUGCCCACUCCAGCUUAGCAGAGAUCCAGAAAGAUGUGGAGUACAGAAUCCCUUUCACAGUCAACAACUCAACCAUCAGCGUCAACAUCUUGCUUCCUCCUCAGUUUCCCCAGGAGAAACCAGUAGUCAGUGUGUACCCUCCAGUAGGACAUCACCUGGUAGACAGCAACAAUGGCACCAUGGUUACCAGCCCCCUCAUUACCAAUUUUGGAAUGCACUCAGAUCUGGGCAAAGUCAUCCAGAGUCUCCUGGAUGAGUUCUGGAAGAGUCCACCGGUCCUGACGUCUGGCCCCACCGGCUUCCCUUAUAACAUGUACAAGCCGUCAGGGAUGCCUCCCUACCCCACACAGAGCUUCCACUACGGGCUGCGCCCCGUGGGCCCCACCCCGCCCCCCAUGCCCCACGCGGGUGUAGAGGGAGCUCACGGUCACUGCCCUCCCUGGGCAGCAGCCCCUGUCUACGGCCUCAUCACCGACCUGCCUCUCCCCGUACCCACCGCAGACUCCCAGGCUGGGUUGAACGGCCACAUGUACAAGAUGCCUGAGAUUCCUGAAACAUUUCCUGAGCUGUCUGAAAUGAGUGUGUCCCAGCUGAAGGACAUGAGUGAGCAGGAGGACGUGCUGCUGGAGUUGUUUGUGUGUCUGCCCCAGCUCAAACAGGUCACCACUGACAAGGAGGAGCUGGUCAACAGCAUUGUGGACAUGGCCAAGAAGAACCUGCAGCUGGAACCUCAGCUGGAGGGGACGAGACAAGAAAUGCUGUUCAAGUACGAGCAGCUAACCCAGAACAAAUCGGCCUUUGAGACCAAGAUGCAGAGACAGCAUGACAUCAGUGAGAGCUGCAGUCUGAGUGCCCUGCAGGCUCGUCUGAAGGUGGCAGCCCACCAGGCGGAGGAGGAGUCAGAGGAGACGGCCGAGAGCUUCCUGGAGGGCAAGACGGACAUCGACGACUUCCUGGCCAACUUCAUGGAGAAGAGGACGCUCUGCCACAGCAGAAGGGCCAAAGAGGAGAAGCUGCAACAGUCCAUCAACACACACGGACAGUUCCCCAGCAGCCACUGAGCCCCUUCCCCUCACACAUGUUUAUAAAAGUAUGGAGAUGUAUCUACCAGCAACACACCCCUAAUGAGAGGAGAGAACAUCUUGGUGUUGAUAGAGGCUAAGAAGCAACUAUUGUGGUAUGAAUUGUAAUCCUGAACUAGGCUUUUCAACUCAUUUCAGUAUACAGUUUCCAGUGAUGAUGAUGAUAUGACUUGUCUCAUACAUACAUACCUACUUGAAUUUGGAGGAUGAGUUUAACGCUGCUGAACACCCAACUACAACUGAUACUGUAUUUAAAUAAUGUUAAUAAUAGCCUUUAUUAUAAUCAGACACCUUGUACUAUGUUAUUUAAUUUCUUUAGGUUAAUAAACCAUGCAGAACAUUUGUUUACUAAGAA